AUGUUUUUUCAGUACAUUCAUCGAAUAGGUCGAACAGGGAGAAUUGGAAAUGUUGGGGCAGCAAUUUCUUAUUUUGACCCGUCAAGUAUUAAUGAUAAAAGAAAUGCGAGUUAUUUUGUUAAAGUUUUGCAAGAUUCUAGACAAUCUGUGCCUGAAUGGAUGUUGGAAUUUGUAGAAGAAAAUGAAACAUCUGUCAAAAAUUUGAGCAAAGAAGCUUUUAGCAAUUAUGAGGGAGAAAAGAAUUAA